AUGAACUUCUUGCGUCGACGGAAGGCCGACAAUCUCAGCGACAACGACUCGGACAGACCCGAGUCGACGCUCCAGAAAUCCCGAAAACCACCAAAUACUGCCUUCAGACAGCAGAGAUUGAAGGCAUGGCAGCCCAUCUUGACACCCAAGACAGUGAUCCCACUCUUGUUUCUCCUCACCGCCAUCUUCGCACCACUAGGAGUGGCCAUUGUCUACUACUCAUAUAAUGUUGAGAACUUGCAGUUGGACUAUUCUAAAUGUACGGAGUUGCACAGCUCGGAGUACGAAAAGGUUCCCUCCAAAUAUACAAAUUGGCAUUUCCGUCAUAAGAACACCAACCCGGAAUUCCAGUGGAAGGUAGUCAACUCCACCGAUGCAUUUGGAGACCUUGAACAGACUUGCUUUGUCCAGUUCAACUUACCUCGCGACUUGAAGCCGCCCAUCUACCUUUACUACAGACUCACCAACUUCUACCAGAAUCACAGAAAGUACGUGGAACUGUUUGACUUAACGCAACUCCAGGGUUCCGACGUGUCUGCGGGCUCGUUGAGUUCCAACUGUAACCCAUUGCGCCUGAGUGGCAGCGGUGACGACGAGAAAGCCAUCUAUCCAUGUGGCUUGAUUGCCAACUCAUUCUUCAACGAUACGUUUUCCAGUCCUGUUUUGCUCAAUUCCAAGAGCAGCAGCAACAACGAGACGUACGAAUUGACGGAAAAGGGUAUUGCGUGGCUGUCGGAGAAGCACCGCUUUAAGAACACUACCUACUCCCCCAGUCAGAUCGUGCCUCCUCCAAAUUGGCACAAGAUGUACCCAGACGGCUACAACGACACCAACAUCCCUGAUGUGUCGGAGUGGGAACAUUUGCAAAAUUGGAUGAGAACUGCAGGUUUACCCACAUUCUACAAAUUGUACUCAAAGAAUACAACCACCACGUUCUCACUGGGGACUUACGAGUUGCAAAUCAAAAUGAACUACCCAGUGUCGAUCUUUGGAGGCACCAAAUCGGUUGUUAUCACCACCAACUCAGUCUUUGGUGGCCGCAACAUGAGCUUGGGAAUAAUAUACUUCAUCGUGGCGGUGGUGUGUUUAGUGUGUGGAAUUGGCUUCUUCUUGCAGCAUUUGAUCAAGCCUAGAAGAGUGGGCGACCACAAUUUCCUUCAGGAUGGCAGAGAUCCUUCCCAAGCAACUCAUGUGCGGGACCAACUAUAA